UGCAAAACAUGGCGUUGGCGUCGCUGUCGAAGCGUUGUGCGUCCUCUAGCCUGUUUUUUGUAAACAGAAGUUUGUCAUUGCCAUUUCUUAAUUCAGUUUGUCCGUAUCACAAAAAGGUUGUAGACCACUAUGAAAACCCUAGGAACGUCGGAUCCCUCGACAAAAAUGCCAAGAACGUGGGGACGGGUUUAGUGGGCGCGCCAGCCUGUGGUGAUGUCAUGAAGUUGCAGAUCCAAGUAGAUGAAAACGGGAAAAUAGUAGAUGCCAGGUUCAAGACGUUUGGGUGUGGCUCAGCCAUUGCUUCCAGUUCCCUAGCAACAGAGUGGGUGAAGGGCAAGUCGCUUGAUGAGGCAUCGAAAAUAAAGAACACAGAGAUUGCUAAAGAGCUCUGUCUUCCCCCAGUUAAACUUCACUGUUCCAUGCUAGCAGAGGAUGCCAUUAAGGCUGCGCUGGCGGACUACAGACUCAAACAAAACGAGAAGAAAGAGGAGGUAGCAAAAGCAAGCAACUAGUCGCUGUUUGUUUUCGUUAUCUCGUCUGAACAGGGGGGUGUUCCAGAAAGCGGGUUUAGUGAAAACUCAGAAUUAGUUACC